ACGAUGAUUGCCGAGCUUUGAGGGGAUCAGGGCUGGGUCUCCGUUUCCUAUUAGUUACUGAGAGACCGAGUGAGAAUGUCCGUCACGCGGAGCUCCGGGAAUGUCCGAUCGCAGUUAUGGGGGUUCGGAAUCCUGUUUGUACUUCAGGCUCUGUGUGCUCAGCCCGCAGGGAGUCAAGAUCCACAGAUCUCCUUGGAACCUUCCACGACUCCAUUAAAAGAAGGCGAUCCGGAAGGGAUUGUGGCCGAAUGUAUUGCUAUAGCGAAUCCUGCGCCAGUUAUCAAAUGGAACACAGGAGAUUUCACACAUAAUGUAGAAGGCAUUGUAGAACAGCAUGAAAAUUUAAGUGUGACGGCAGUGAGCAAGUUGAAAAUGAAACCGCAUCGAAAUCUCUAUGGUCAGAACUUUACGUGUGUGGUUACUCAGAUGCAAACGGAAUGGAAGCAGGAGAAAUCUGUAACCAUAUGGAAUAUCCAUUUUGCCCCUUACGAUGUACGUGUUCUUGUGGACUCAAGUAAGGGAAACCAUCUGGAAUUUUCCUGUCUAUACCAUUGCAAUCCUGUGCCUCUUAAUUUUACUUGGAAAAGGGAGAGUGACUUGGGCACAGAAUAUAUAAAAGCGACUAACCACUUGACUGUACCGGACAACAUGAAUAAAGUUGUGUAUGUUUGUGAAGUGAGAAACUCACUUGGCAGCAUGUCAGGAAGUACCUACAUCUAUACAAAGAAAGCCCCUAUUAGUGCGUUCUGGUACGUUUGCCUGGUCUUGUUGAUUCUGAGCCUCAUUGUGAUUGCUGUUCUCUUCCUUUACUAUCGGAAGAGCCGCAAGUCUGCAAGAUCAGCCAAUGGCCUGUGGUGACUCCCCAGUCCCAUUUAUACCUAGAAGAAUUUUGUUUUUUUGAGCUCUGUCAUAUUUUGCUGCCUCGACAUAAAGCUGCUUAAAUGAACAUCAUGGAAAAUUGCUCAUUAUGGAAUGACUGCACUUUU